CAUCUCAUCCACCGCCGCCACCCACCUACCUUUCUUCCUCGGGAUCCCCUCAUUCCCCCCGAUCCAAUCCCACCAACCAGACUCCACCCGAGGCCUCCCCUUGAUCCAACUCGUCUUCGCUCUCCUCGUCGACCAGGGAGACGAGCUCCUCCCGAGACCAGCCCCUGCUCGACCCUCGCCGUCUCAUAUGAGCACCGUCCUGGCUCCCUUCUCUCCUUCCUCCGGUCCCCUCGGACUAAUCUCUCUCUUGUUCUGGACAGGAGAGCAACCAUGAUUGUCCGUCCAUGGAGAUGAACCGCGCCGCCCUGGUCACCUGCGACUUCGGGUCGCCUCCACGUCGAGCCGCCGGCAGCCAUCCCCGUCUUUCCCGCAUCGGAUUCCCCCGUCCCACAGGAGCUCCCCGCGCCAUGGAAGCCACUGUCGGCCUCCUCAACUCUCCUCGCGUGCCUGAGGCGCGAGCACGACCCAUGACCUUGCCUCUACCCGAGAUUCUCCUCGCGCCCUAUCAUCUCGUCCACGCCGGCGAGUUCAUCUCGCGUCGUCAUCUUCUCUGCAUCAAGCCAUCCGCUCGGUUCCGGCCGUUCUGCGUCCUCUCCUUCCCGUCCCGGCCGUCCCCGUCGCCCAGUCCUUGAUCGAUCCCAGCUGCAGCCGAGCUCUGCUUCCGUGCCCUGCUUCCUCUGCAUCAGGCCAGCGCCGCCCUCGUUGUCACGUUGUUCCUCUGCUUCCAGCGUCACCCGCGCCCGCUUCAGUGCCCCCCCC